CUUAUAUUAUUUACAAAACAAAAUGCACCGUUAACAUUAAAUAUUGAUUUCGAUAUAGUUCGCGAUCAAUAUCAGUUAUGGAAAACAAGUUUUCUACAUGAAAUUCAAGACAAAAAUAUGAGGGAUUUAUGGAUGAGAAAGGAUAAAGUAGUGUCUACACUCGUCAUGAAAACUUAUUUUAUAUCUGAAAUAUUAGCAAACAAAAUCGAAGAAUUUUUGUAUUUUUAUUCUUUAAUGAUUCUCAAAGUUAGAAGCGAAGCAGUUUGUGAAUGUGCAGCUUCAGUAAUGAAGAUCCAUAUCCAUCAAAAUCGAGCGUUAGAUCAUGACUCAUUGAACGAUGAAGUUUUAAUCCAUUGGAAUGCUCCACCUCUCCACUUAGCAACGCAAUUUAUCGAAGAAUCAUUAGAUCUUUAUUUUAACCGUCUUCAAGAUAAGCAUUGGCUCUUUUUUAAGAAAACAGAAAUGUAUCGUGUCUGGAGUUUAGUACGUCCUGGCUCUGUUGUGUUGCAUCGUCUCCGACAACAACAAACCGUUCGUCUUCCUUCACCACAAUCUAUUUGA